CAAAACAAUACUACAACUUCCGGCUGGCUGGCGCGCUGGGUCGGCGUCGUUAGCCGAGAAGCGUCCACUUGUCCUUAUGAAGAUGUCUCAGAAUAACUCCGACAAAGACAGCCAUGCGUCCGGCAACAAAAACAUCUCCCUGCCGAUUUCGAGAGUGCGGCUGAUCAUGAAGAGCUCCCCGGACGUGUCCAGUAUAAACCAGGACGCUCUGUUCCUCACCACCAAGGCGACAGAGCUGUUCGUCCAGUACCUGGCCCUGUCCUCCUUCAACAACGGCUCCGGGAAGGACACCAACACGCUCUCCUACAGCGACCUGGCCAACGCCGCCGAGGAGACCGAGACCUUUCAUUUUCUCACAGAUAUCCUACCAAAGAAGAUUUUGGCCCGGGAUUACCUCAAGUCCUUGGAGCAAAUGCAGGAAGAGGAGGCUGACAUCUAAGUCACGUUUGAUGCAUUUCACUUCUUAAGUCUGCUCUGGAGAGAUGUUAUCAACUGUACAUGUCCUGCCAUCAGUUCAGAGCAAAGUCAGUGGCAGAGGAGACACCCUGAACUUCCUCAGUGUUUUGAAAAUGUUUUGACACAGUUGAGUUACAUGGCUCACGUGAAAAAGUAAUGAAAGUGGAACUGAGAGUAGCGCUGCAAAAGGGCAAAUGGUGAAUCAAGUGAAGAGAUCCUCCUAGGGAGAUGUGUAUUAGACUUGGCAACACAGAGUGUAAGAGCAACAUCAUUGGGUUUAUUUUAUGUAGUACAACGUAGCUACCAUGACCUCUCAGUGCUGGAAACCUAAACUUGUCAACUUUGCCUGGACCGAACCACACUAGACAAAUCAGUCACCCCUUAAGUUUUUUAUGCACUGUCUUUCAAAAGAUAAUGCAUUUGUGUAGGCUAAAGUUCUGUUGUUAACAAAAUACAUACUUGAAAAGUAACUUAUUUUCAGACUUAUUUUGUUUCCUAACAUAAGCACACAUUUUGCAUGAUGUGCUUGUACUUUUAAAUUAUAUGGACGUUUCUGUGGUAGCAAUUUGUUAUAAAUGUCUUAUGCAGCAUUAUUAUCAAGACAAGUGAAUUGCUUUCCUGAAUACUUGCAGACUCUUAUGAUCUCACUAAUUCUUUGUAGUAGGGCAAAAAGCAUAGAAACUAAUCCCACUCCAUUGGGGCACAAAUGCCUCCGCUUUUAUGUUUUCUUUGGCUUUUGAAAUUUAUUUCCUGAAUGCUCUGAAGUUUGAUUAAUGGCCUGCUGAUGUUACUGAUUCAAAGUUUAAGAUUACCAUUUUCUGAAAGGUAUGCAUUGACAUUUCUGGGUUGUAACUAAAUUUAUUUUAUGUAGACUUGAAAGUUGUUUGAACUAAUGAAAGGUAAAAAUACCUCUUUUUCUCAGUUUAAUUGCAAAGCAAUGUGUGGCAACUAGGCAUGUGUUGUCUUGGCAAAUGGAAAUUCACACUCAGCAUAAUGUGAAUAUUUAACAACUGGUCACCUCACAGUGCAUCCAUGUCUUGUAUUUACAAAAUUGUAUAGAUUUGAUAUUGAAAAUAAAGGUUUGUAAUGU